AUGACGAUGCGGACGAUGCCUUUGAAUGCGAUUCGCGUAAAACGGCAGCGUGAGCUGCAAGUAGAAAAGUCCAUCUUGGAUCGGCAACGCAGGAAGGCGAAGGCAUCGCCGAUACGAUUGGAAGAAAAGUGGAGCAGACGUGACCGGACACACUUCUCCACCUUGCCUCCGAGCAUCAUCCUGUCCCCUCAAGGUCAUACAUUGCAUAGACCGAUCGACAGAACAAACGCAGACAUGGCAAGCAGAGGGGUUUUCCGCGUUGCCGCCGCUGGCGUUCGCACACGAGCAGCUCUGCUACCAACGGCAAGCUCCUUUUGGCCUGGAAACGCUUUGCCGCAUCGGCUUGCACCUCGCAGCCAUCGAGGAUUCGCAUCGACUUCAACAGCCUUCUCUGCUGCUCCUUCGGCGCCAUCAAUAACGAAUAGUGAAAUCACUUCCUCUUCAACGUCAACAACGGAUGCGGCCAGCGCAGCCUCUCAAGCAGUCGCCGACAGCGACGUCGUAGCUGGCGGUUUCGAGUUCCUCCAACCGUGGGUACCCACCAUCAACAACCUCGCCGACACGAUGCAUCUCAGCGGACCCUAUGCACACGCCCUAUCCAUCUUCAUCCUCGCCUUCGCCGUCCGAACCGCCAUAACGCUGCCCAUGACGCUGUACCAAAGGGGCAAAACCAGACAGUUGACCGAAAAAGUGCUGCCGGAAUGGGAGAUCAUGAAGGAGCGCAUCCCACUCGCUGUACGGGCGAGGUCCAGGCGAGCGGGACUUUCGUACGAAGCAUUCGAAGCCGAAGCGCAAAAGGAGCUCAAGGCAGAACUCGCAAAGCUGCUCCGGAAGCACAAUGCGUCCCCACUACCGGCAUUCCUCGGACCGGCGGUGGUCACCAUCCCCGUGUUUCUGCUCAUGACGGCGCUUCUUCGACAGUGUGCACUCGAUACGACCUCUCCACUGAGCACGGAAGUGCUGCCCUGGUGGUCUCCAUCGCCAGAGCUGGCGCAGCAGUUCAAGGCGAGCACCGCCAUCCUGGCAGAUCGCGGCUUUGACGAAGCUGCCAUCGCCAAAUUGAAGGGUACCAUGGGAGGUCCCACUCUCGUCGACCGGGAUUCGACCAUGAUCGGUCCACUCAGUUUUGGUAUGUUGACACUUGCGAAUACGGAAUUGAACAGCUGGAGUAGGAGGAGCAUCGCAAAGAUCCGUUCGGUGACGUCCGGCGGUGAUGCUGCAGCGAGAACGGCGGACAAGCUGUUGGCAGAUAAACCGGAGCAAGCAAGACAAGAGGUGGAUGACGAACCGCCGAGAGCGAGAAUCAUCACGAACGCAUUGAGGGUGAUGGCGAUCGCCUUCAUCCCCAUCGCGUGCCAGGCGCCCGGUGUGCUGGUCAUCUAUUGGCUCUCGUCGGGCAUCUACACGUUGAUUCAGAAUUCCGUGCUGGCCGUGAUGGAUCGAAGGUCCGAAGUCGUCAAGGCUGCAAGGAAGCAGCAGCUUUUGCAACAGCAGAGAUGA